UUCAGUCGAAAAGGCGCGCAGGCGUUCUUAAAGAAGGCGCGGCAAGCUCGUCAGUUAUUAAGAGCCUCGCUUAGCGUUUGCUAGUUUUCUCAGAGGUCAGUGGUGGUGUUGCUACUGCUACUGCUCAAACGUGACGACGCAAUGAGGGAAUGCAUUUCUGUCCAUGUUGGCCAAGCUGGUGUCCAGAUGGGGAAUGCUUGCUGGGAGCUGUACUGUCUGGAACAUGGCAUAAUGCCCGAUGGGACGAUUUCUGACCCAAACAGUUCAAUUGCAGACUCUUCCUUCGGGACCUUUUUCAGUGAAACUGGAUCAGGAAAGCAUGUGCCCAGAGCUGUGUUGAUCGAUCUUGAACCAACUGUUAUAGAUGAAAUCAGGAAUGGUACAUAUCGCCAUCUGUUUCACCCAGAACAGCUCAUCACUGGAAAAGAAGAUGCAGCCAAUAACUAUGCCCGUGGUCACUACACCAUUGGAAAGGAGAUUAUAGACCCAGUGCUAGACAGAAUCCGUAAAAUGUCUGACCAAUGCACUGGCCUGCAGGGUUUCUUGGUUUUUCAUAGCUUUGGUGGAGGUACUGGUUCAGGGUUCACUUCCCUGUUGAUGGAAAGACUGUCUGUGGAUUAUGGGAAGAAGUCAAAACUGGAGUUUUCGGUCUACCCUGCCCCACGCAUCUCCACAGCAGUGGUCGAACCCUACAACUCUAUUCUGACCACACACACCACUCUGGAACAUUCAGAUUGUGCCUUUAUGGUGGACAAUGAAGCUAUCUUUGAAAUCUGCAAUCGAAAUCUGGAUGUUGAGCGGCCUUCGUACACCAAUCUAAAUAGACUUAUUGGCCAGAUUGUGUCUUCAAUAACUGCCUCUCUGAGAUUUGAUGGUGCUUUGAAUGUGGAUCUAACUGAAUUUCAAACCAACCUAGUUCCUUAUCCCAGAAUUCACUUUCCUUUGGUAACCUAUUCUCCCAUUAUCUCGGCUGAGAAAGCUUACCAUGAGCAGCUUUCUGUGGCAGAGAUAACCAAUGCUUGCUUUGAGCCUUCAAAUCAGAUGGUGAAAUGUGAUCCAAGGCGUGGGAAGUACAUGGCUUGCUGCCUCCUGUAUCGAGGUGAUGUUGUGCCAAAAGAUGUGAAUGCAGCCAUCGCUAAUAUUAAAACCAGGCGGAGCAUCCAGUUUGUUGACUGGUGUCCAACUGGGUUUAAGGUGGGUAUUAAUUAUCAGCCACCAACUGUGGUACCUGGAGGUGAUCUGGCAAAGGUGCAACGUGCUGUCUGUAUGCUGAGCAAUACAACUGCCAUUGCAGAGGCAUGGAGCCGCUUGGACCACAAGUUUGACCUGAUGUAUUCCAAGCGAGCAUUUGUUCAUUGGUAUGUGGGAGAAGGCAUGGAAGAAGGUGAGUUCUCGGAGGCUAGGGAAGAUAUGGCUGCUUUGGAGAAAGACUAUGAAGAGGUUGGAGCAGAUUCUGUAGAUGCACAAGAAGAGGAGGAUGAAGAAUAUUAAAUGUUUUGAAUUACUGAUCAGCUUGCCUUUCAUCUGUGUAAAAUGGCUUGUAUGAAAUAAAUGCAUACCUAU